GCACUCGCCGUUCGACGUUGCUAUUAACAAAACGUGUUGAGUUAUUCUUUUUAAAGAAAACCUGUCUUUUCUGUGUUUCUUCCGUUGGAAUAUCUGAGAAAAAAGGAACAAUAUGGAUAACAGUGGUCCACCAUUAUACCCAGAAGUUUAUCCUAUCGCAAAGAUUGAGCGGAAAGACAAUGCCCCUCACGGACCACAGGCUUCUUCGGGAUCUAUCCAGACGGCAUCUCUGCUGGGUCCCGAAAAUACGGUGACAGUGUGUCAGUUCUGUCAUGCAUCCAUCAAGACUGCUGUGAAGUAUACCACCACCUCACGCACACAUAUCGCGGCUGCGCUAUGGGGCAUGCUAUGUUGUCUUUGCUGCGUGCCAUAUGGUGCAGACUCAGCUAAGAACUCUGACCACUACUGUCCCAAUUGCCAACGGUACCUCGGCACCUACGUCAAGUAAUGACUGAAGAUUUACAGAUUUACAAGAUGAAUUUAUUUUAAUAUGUCUUCUAGUUAAAAAUAAUAUACCUAUAUUAUUUUUAUAUAAAAUGUAUUACCACUAUAAUGGUAUUGUAUACCAGCAUUUAUUACCAAUUAAUUAUAGACAGUUUAAACCAGAACAUCGUGGGAAACUUUUUUCAUUAUAAAAACAUAGUAAAUUAUAUUUUUUGAGAACGUCAAAAUAUGUUCUGGCGAUGUCUCUUGCAUUUACAUUUGAAUUUGUUACUCGACUGUUUUAUAACUCACUAAUAAGUUAGCGUACAAAAUGCAGUCGAGUAUAAUUUUUACGACAGACAACAUAGAUUUUUUCGCAUUUAUAUGUGUAUUUAGAUACAAUUUCUACGUUAUAAUAAUAACUGUCCUUAUCAAGAUAAAAAUAUAUAAUACAUAUUUAAAAAAAUAGGUGAAUAAAUUUACAUUAGUAUAUUUCAAUUUAUAAAUGUCGCAGCGAACUGGUUAAACAGCCGUUCAAUUGGGCGGCUAGCCAUUUAAGUGUAUGGCGUCAUUCCAUGCUUCCACCAAACUUCGAAAUCGUGAUAAAUAUAAUAUAAACGUCUGAAUCUCAGUAUAUCUUGUCUUUGUGUUAUUGUAUUAGUAUUAAGAAUUUACUAUGAAAUAUUAAGCUUAACCCACUUGCGUUAUGGGUGUGUAUGUUAGCUAACAGCAUUGGAUCAUAUGGACAAUAUCACCUAGUCGCGAAUGAGUAACGUCAUGUCUUUUUAAUGAGCAGUCCUGUAUCUGUAUCAAUUACAGAUCAUAACAAUGAGUUUUUAAUUUAAGUGUUGUGUAACUCAUGCGUCUUUAGUGAGGGUGUGUGAGGGCCUCGUUUUACCUCAUGAGGUACUCGUGAGGUCAUUUGAGGUGAGGUAAAGAGAAUGAGUAUGUAGCUAGGCGCAAGGCAAAUGAGGGAGAGAGUCGGUCGCUACUUUGAGUGCACCUUGCAUUCGCCGGCCGAGCCAAGUGAAACAUUUGUGAUUAAAAUUGAUCGAAUAUUUAAUACUAUAAUAAUUACUUAAUAUUGUAAAAAUAUUUUCUUUCGCAGAAUGAAUGCCCUUUGGUUAUUUAUUAAUAUAUUUCUUCACUCAAUAAUAAUAAUUAUUUUUUUUUAAUUUAUUUUACUCACUUCACCUCACAUUACUUCGACCGAUUAAUAUUAUUCAUUUAAGAAUAUAUACUAAUUGCGAGGAAAUGUUAAACUAAACUGAAUCAUUUUAUCAAACUCAUAAUACCGAGCUACUCCCUCGAUCAAUCGUUAAUAUGUUGAUUAUGUAUUGACUCAACGUUUCAUUCGAAGCAACUCACUAUUCUGCUGAGCGAGGUGUGAUAAUAUAUUAUUAUCAUUUUUCAACUUUGAACUAUGUUAAUAGUUGUGAUAUAUCAUUAUCAUUUUUCAAAUUUGAACUAUGUUUAUAGUUCAAAGCUAGCCGUCCAAUUGGUCUGCUGAUUAAACCACUUGGCUGCGACAUAAAUAUACCGUGUGCCUCAAUAUCAGUGCCUGAUUAUAAAUUAAUUAUUAUAAUAUAUAUCUGACAGUUAU